AUGCUACAUACUAUGUACUAUAUACUAUUUACCGAUGACCUCAGACUUCCUUCGGUCCGAGACGUCAUCCGGCUUUUUCUCUUUGCUCCUCUCUCUUCUCUUUACUCCCAUCACAACAUGUUUUCACACACAGUCUUAGGCGCUCUUCGCCCUCAAGCUGCAAAGCUCCCUCAAGCUCCAUUGGCCCGGAGAUACAUCUCAGUCUACGGCUACACACAAGCAAAGGCCCUCAUUUACUCCAAAUAUGGCGAGCCCAAGGAUGUCCUACGCCUACACAAGCACUCAAUUUCCGCACCACAUGCGACACAAGUGAACCUACGGAUGUUGGCCGCGCCAAUGAACCCAGCCGACGUGAACCAGAUCCAAGGUGUCUACCCCAGCAAACCACCAUUCCAAAGCGCCCUGGGCAAUGCCGAGCCCGCCGCCGUGGGUGGAAACGAAGGCGCUUUCGAGGUUCUGUCGACCGGCGCGGGCGUGAAGAACCUCAGCAAAGGCGAUUGGGUCAUCAUGAAGCAAACCGGCCAGGGAACCUGGCGAACCCACGCACAGCUGGACGAGUCCCAGCUCAUUAAGAUCGAAAACAAGGACGGCCUCACGCCACUGCAGGUGGGCACGAUCAGCGUCAACCCGGUCACGGCAUACCGGAUGAUGCGAGAUUUCUGUGAAUGGGACUGGAUGCGCGCGGGCGAGGAAUGGAUGAUUCAGAACGGCGCCAACAGCGGAGUCGGCCGGGCGGCGAUCCAAUUUGGCCGCGAGUGGGGGAUCAAGACGCUGAAUGUUGUCCGACAGCGGAAGACGCCCGAGGAGACCGAGGCGUUGAAAAAGGAGCUGAAGGAUCUCGGUGCGACUGUGGUCAUCACUGAGGAGGAAAUGAUGACCGGCAACUUCCGGGAUAUGGUGCAUGAGUACACACGCCAGGGUCGGGAACCCAUUCGUCUCGCGCUGAACUGUGUGGGAGGAAAGAACGCUACUGCCCUGGCAAAGACCCUUGCUCCUGACUCGCACAUGGUGACCUACGGAGCCAUGUCGAAGCAGCCUGUAGCCCUGCCAUCGGGACUUCUGAUCUUCAAGAAUCUUUCAUUUGAUGGAUUCUGGGUCAGCAAGUGGGGUGACAAGAACCCAGCCCUGAAGGAGAACACGAUCAAGGAUGUGCUCCAGUUGACUCGUGCCGGCAAAUUCCACGAUAUCCCCGUCGACAAUGUCGAAUGGAACUGGAACACUGAAGGUCCCGCGCUCUCCGAGAGUGUGCAGGGUACUUUGGGCGGAUACCGCAGUGGCAAAGGUGUUUUCACUUUCACUGGCGGUGAUGAGUGA